AUAUAAAAUGUCGCUGGAGGACUCCUUAAACAACAUUGGCCUCGGCAAUCCUGUGAUGCAAGCGGCUAGGUCUUACGGAUCGGCACUAAUUCACGCCAUUGGGAUAACGCCGGAACAAGGAAAGAUGAUUCUGAAGGAGACGCAGACGCUGGGCUCGGUCGUUUCUAAAUACGUCUGGCCGGAUAUCUCGCUGAACACUAUAGUCGGCAGUAAUUACCACUUUGUGCGUUUUGCCGGCCUGAGUGGCACAUCGGCCAUUUUAAUGGGCGCCUACAGCAGCUACGUGCUGGAAGAUAUAAAGGACCCGUUGGAGCAGAUGCGCUCGGAGGCCUAUGCUGAUGGGGCCAUUCGCAUGCACCUCUGGCAUGCGUUCGCCAUGAUGGCCAUGCCACUGGUCCACUACCCCGUACUAACCGGAACCCUGAUGACCACAGGCGCCCUCAUCUACAGCGGCUCCUUCUACUAUUACGCCCUAACGGGUAAACAACGUAUCCGGACUUAUCCGACCAUUGGAGUGUUCUUCCUGAUAGCAGCUUGGAUGUCUCUGAUCAUGUAGGAUCAUGGUGCUCUAUGGCUGGUGUUACCAAUGACGAGCUGAAAACACAGACGGCUCAGAUGGCUCAGAUGGCACAGAUUGACUUGCAGUGGUAUCCCAGCAGCGAUACUAUCGAUACGAGGAUUCCAUUGAAAACAGUGGGAACAUUACAGAGUGAGAAGACAUUAACCACUUUGAUGGAUCGGAGGGACUGCAUCUUAACAAUACAUUCCAAUAAAUACGCUCUAGCUCUUCCAGCCCUUAUCCUGGAAGGUAAAUACGUUCGGAACCCCCCAAUAGCGACUUAAGGAUGAUCUGUCGGUUGACUAAGGGCUCUACCGGAGUAAGAACUACCUCCACCGCCUCAUUUGCAAUGAUAUCCAUGCGAAUUUACACCUGAUAACAGCACAAAGGUGUCGUGUCAAUUAUGUUGUCAGUGGGGUAAUGAAACAAUUACCUUCUUCCUCCGGAAUAGCCGUCAAUCAGCCAUCCGCAUCAUCAGUAAUCAUCAGGCCACUGCAGCGUUCCGAACGUAUCUUGCCACCGAUUUUAUUUAAAGUUUCCUUUAGUACGAAAUGAAAACAUCACACACAUGAGCUUCAUGAGCAUGGAAUUUAUUUGAUUCAAAUUUAUGUAUACAUGUAAAGUCCAAGCAUAUUUGGGAAUAUAUUUCCUGUACAAAGUACAGACAAAUUGUAGAAAAUGUCGGUGGUGGACUCGGUACUUUCUCUGUCACUGUACACUCUUGUCUGAAUGGGUCCCGGGAUGUACCCCCACAAUGCCUAUGAACCCAACCAUACAAUCGAUCCCGCACUCAGUUGCCACCUCGUGUUUUUACUCCUUUGCGUGCCCU